AGUGAGCUGUGUUUGUAAACGGCAAGACGUCAAACAACUCAUUAGGUUAUGAAUAGUAGGAUUAUAGUGAAAAUAAUUGGUAAAAUAAGUUGUUAAAAUGGGGCGAACGGAUUGGGAACGAAUAUUAGCUUCGGAUCCAUCGUCAUUGACAGAUGAUGACAUGGAAGAUCUUUAUCCUACUUUAAUCAGUUGUGAUAUCGACGAGAUCAAUGAUAUUCAUAACCUGCGCACAAUAAUGAAACUGUCUCAAGAAGUCUUACAGUAUAAAGACAAUCAAGUAGAAUCGUUGCUCUUAGAAUGCAGCGAAUUAAAACAGACUAUUUCUUCUAUGAAACCUGAACCAGCUAAGCGUAAAAAAAAAGAACAGGAUGCAACUAUUACACAACAUGAAACCGAUGAUUUAUCUAAACAUUUGGAUGAAACAGACAGCAAUGAAUUACCAGGCAUAAAUUCAAAAAUAAAACUUUUGAUGUCAGAAUUAGAGAGUUUAGAAAAGGACAAUAUUAUUUUAAAAGAACAAUUAACAACAUUAACACAAGAAAUGAAAGGUGCUACAGAUAAAAUGAAUGAGAUGACAGAAGAAUUAUGUUCUACACAAAUUAAAUCCAUAGAAUACAAAGAAAAGGUAUGUUACUUGGAACGUGAAAAUGCUGCAUUAGUUGCUCAAAUUGAAGAAGUAGCAGCACAACAGGUAGAUAGAGAUAAAGCGAUAGAUGAAUUUGGUGCAGCAAUUGAUACAAGAAUUAAUGAAUGGAAGGCUGUACUAGAUGAAAAAGAUUCAACAAUUCAACAGUUACAAGAAAAUUUAUCACAGUCACUUAUGCAGUCAACAGUUAUGGUUCAGGAACAGAACAAAUCUGAAAUAGUUCACUUAAAUAAAGAGAUAGAUUGUCGUGACAAAAUUAUAAUUGAAUUAAAAACACAGCUUCAGGAAGCUGUUGCUGAAAUUAAUAACAGUGCUGCAUUGAUAGAAAAAUUAAAAGCAGAUGCCCAGAAAGUUGGAAAAAACAGUAGAAAGAAGGAUGUUAAAGAUUUAUUGAAAAAGCUACACAAUGCAAAUGAGCAGAUAUCCAAAUUGCAAAUGAAGAUAAUAGAGGCAGAGGAAGACGCGAAUUUAAGAAGUAGUAAAUUUUGUGAUAUAUUAGCAACAUUAAAAAAAUAUGAAGAUGGUAAUGAAGGAUUAACAGUUGCCAUAAACGAAAUAAAGGAAAUAAAGAAUGUUUUGGAAGAUAAAAAUGAACGUAUAAGAGAAUUAAUUAAUGUCGUCAAUAAAUUAGAAAUGCUAAAUUCAUAUCAGGAAAUGGAGAUUAUUACUCUUAGAGAGAAGUUAGGAAUCCCAGAAGAUGAAUCAGUGUCGAUACAGAAUAUUUUAGAGAAACGUAAACGAGAGGCCAAGAGAUUGGAAGAACUUAUGCAACAAAAUAAAAUGCUUGUCGAAGAAAAUUUGGAAAUGAAGUCUGAUAUAAGGGUACUAAAGUAUAAAUUAAGCAGAACUACUAAAGAGUUCGAUUUUUCGAGUAGUAUAGUAGGUGAUAGUGAAGAAUUUUUACAUUCUACGAAAUUAUUUGAAACUGAUUCGAAGUUGUAUAACAAAACAAAGAUAUCGACAUUGCAACAGAAUUUGCAAUUGGUUAUAGAAGAAAAUGAAGCCUUGAGAACAGGCAUGCACGAAAUUUUGGACUGUAUCCGUACCCAAGACGGUCAAAGCUUGGUCGAAAUACAUUCUACUACAUUAGAAAGACUAUUAGAAGCAUUAGAUGUGAGACACUUGGCUGGCUGGUAUCAUCCAGCAAUGAGAUUACAGGAACAUCUAAACGUUGUACAGGGUACAAAUACAGAGUUGAGAGGACAACUAAAAUUAUUGAGGAAAGAACUGCAAAGGAAGGAUCACAUACUCCAAACAUUAGCCUUGAACAAAGACACGAAUAUAGAAACAAUAUACGCCGAAGAAUCGGAUAACGACAAGAUAGCGAUGUAUCUAACCGAGAUGAAGAAAUUGCAAGAAGCUUAUGAAAAUGAGACAGAUGAGUGGGAUAGACAAAAGGAUUCGUUAAUGCAGGAAAACGACAAAUUGAUAAAUGAGAUCGACAAGUUGAAAAUGCAGCUCGAAGUUUAUGAGCGCAGUAUGAAAAUUUUUGAGGAGGACGAUGAUGAACUUCGUAAAGGUUUUGCAACUAAAACUAAGGAGUAUGUUGAAGUUGCUGGCGAGAUGCUUAUCGCGAACAGGAAGAAUGAUGUUCUUCAGCAGUUGUUGAACAAUGAGAUCAUGAAAGGCUAUCAGGAGCAAAAGGAAACAAUAAAGAACGAGACUAACUUAAGAAAAUCACUCGUCGAUACGAAUAAACACAAUAAAACCUUAGAGCGUGAGAUUUCAACUUUGCGAAGUAAUUUGUUCAACUCUGUGAGUAAAACCACCUACAAUGAGCUGAAAGAAAAGCACCAGGAAUUGAGUAUACGAAUUCGAAAUUUAUUAGAAAACAAUAUUGUGUUGCAAAAUGAAAAGGAAGUGCAGGCGUUAAAAAAUGAGUUGGAGCUGGUGAAACAGCAAAAAAAUCAGAUCGUCGAUCUUAUGAAGAAAGAGAUUGUUUAUGGAACUGAAGAGGAUUUAGUGCGUCAGUUGAAGGAAGCUAACACGAAUGAACUCUUAGAAAAACAACGCGCUGAUCAUAUAACUAAUCUGCAUGAAAUAUUGCAAGUUCAAUUUUCGAAAUGCGAGGGAAAUAUUAAAGACGUGCUCGCAGCAAAGGCUGAAUUGCAAGAGGAAUUAAUUAUUCUCCACAAGAGGCUUACCAAGGAAAUGUCUUUUGAGAAGUUUGAUACACUUGACGAUAAUAAAAUUAAGGAAUUGGAGGAUAAUAAUGAAGAGCUGAAACUAGAGAUCGAGAAUUUAAAGAAGUUGUUACAGAUUUCUCAGGAUGAGGCUGAAAAGCAGUAUUCGCUCAACUCGAUGAAAACGCUGGAGUUGGAUAAUCUACGACAUCAGAUUCUCGACUUGCAAGCUAUCAGCGAAGACAAAGCUACGAUAUCGAGGCUGAACUUUGAAUUGUCAAGUAAAAAUAUAUCAGAAAUGGAACUGAACGCGCGAAAAGUACAACUUGAAAAAGAAGUCUCGUACUUACAGGAGGAAUUGGACAAGUCCAGGGUAACGUGCGAAGGAUUACGCAGUUAUGUUCAAGAUUGUCGGAAACAAUGUGAAAAUCGAUGCAGAGCUUACGUAGAUGUUAUAGGGUUUCUGCAGAAUCAAUAUGCAGGUUGUACUUCAAUUAGUGCUCUUGAUAGAAUAACUUCGUUAUCUUCUAAAUUGAAGGAUGAGCGUCAGAGUAUAGAUUCUGAAUUACUGAGUGCGAAAGAGAAUCGUUUGGAUACUAAGUUACAACAAGAAACGCUUACAAAUCGCUUACAAAUCGUUGAGAGCUUGAAAGAUAUUUUAGAACAACAAAUUGGAAGUAACAGCGUUCAAGAUAUUAUGCAACGUUUUUCAGAAUAUUCACAGUAUACCUUAAAUGAUUUCAAAUAUCAACGGAAAAUGACGCAACUCGAGAAUGAGCUGAAAAUCGCGAACAAUAAAUUUAUAGAAUAUGAGUCGCUUAUUACCACCAUGGAGCACGAGAUGAUACAGUCCCAGAAAGCUUGGGGUAAGAGUCAAGAUCAGCAAUCGAAGAUCGAUACAAGAAAUAUAGGGACGAAUACUGCAUCGUCAACAAUCAAACAUGAAACGGUACAAGCAAUGGUAUCUACAAAAUCAGUAGAAAUACAAACGGAUCCAUACACUUGUUGCUUGGAGAAGAAGAAUACCAGCGAAGUGGAAGUACAAACUACUUCAAUAUUAAAUGACAUUAGUUUAAAAGAAGAAUCACAGUCGACGGAAAAGAAAUUGGAUCAGAUAGAAGAAACUAAUUGCAAAGACACAGAAAUAAACAAAGAAGAAAAGUUAGAGUCUUUUAAAAUGGAGAAUAAACAGAAAGAACAAAUGAUAGAAGACGAAAUAUCAGUUUCUUUGAAAAUGAGAAAAGAAGAAGAGAAAAGAAUUGGAAACAAUCAAGAAAUAUCUUUACUCCGUGAUCAAUUAAACCAGGCUUUAAAGUUAGCCUCUGAGCGAUCUGCGACGUUAGUUAAAUAUGAAUUAGAGAUAGCUGAGUGUCGUGCCAAGGUAGAAGCGUCGAACACGACAAUAGAAAAUAAGGAUUUGCAAUUGAAACAGAAAGAGAAGCUUCUGGAAGAAUACAAGUUGGCUCCCCAGUCGCAGCUGUUAGGUACUGAGAGUAGUAGCAAGCUAGCUUUAAAGUCAACCAUAAAUAGUUUGCAGCAAUUAGUAGAACAGAAAGAGGAAACUAUAGCCAGAUACCAAAGUCUUCUAAAAGAGGACAGAGACGAGCAUAGUAAAGCUGCUGCCCGCUUGCAAGAGGAAAUUAGAAGCUUACAUUGUCGUGUUCAGUCCAUGCAGGUAGAAGCUCAGAAGGUUACAACACAACAAGGAAACGUAAUCACGGAGCCAGAAAAUUUAAACGAUAAAGUAAAAGAAGCUGCGACAAGAGUUGAUGUUAAGAACAGCAUCAAACAAACAGAGGAGAUUGCCCGGUUGAAUGAGACAGUUUCGACUCUCGAAGCGGAUCUAAAUAUCACGAGGGAGUUAAGUGAUCGAUGGCAUUUAUUGGCUGAGGAAAGACUGAAGCACAUGGAUCGCAUGAGGGAAAGACUUGAAGAGCAACAUAAAAGUGAACUAGAAAGUUAUCGCGGGGAACUAAAAAAGUGGCAAUCGGAGGCAUGCACAUUGCGCAAACAAUUGUCUGAAAAUCGCAUGUUAGUGGCGAAAGGGAAUAUUUCUUUAAUGAAGGAAUUGCAAGAAAAGGAUGACAAAAUUAACGAGCUCGGCCUCACUUGUCAACAGCUUCAGAAUGAGGUUGAGCUAAUGGAGACUAGGUCGCAGCGAGCAGUAACGCAGCGAGAAACAGAAUCAAAGGUGAACGAAGUUACACAGACUCGGGAUCAACCUCAACCUGUAGAUGCGGUACGCAAACAAUUGCAGUCGUUACUGGAAAAAGAGAAAACCUACAAGCAGGAAAUUUCUGAUUUGAAGCAUCAGCUUAGCCGCAGAUACAUGGCAGUAAAAGCACAAGAAAGAAAAGUUUUCCAACGGGAAACACAGCUCGAACAUAAAGUAAAACUUUUGGAGUCAGAUUUAGAGAAAGCGCGAGCUCAAUUGGAUCGCGAGUAUUUAGCACAGGAGGCGAAAAAGACUAAGACCGCGGAAGAACUUCUGUUAUGGGAGAAGCAGAAGAAAUGGCAACAAACCGCUGAAAAGUUAAAACAGAAACUCAAAGAGAAAACCGAGGAGCAUACGAAAUUACUUUCCAGUUAUGAUAAACUCCGAUUGGUGGUGACGUGUAUGGAAAGGGAGAAAUGGUACUUAAAGAGAAAACUGAAAAUGGAAAACGGAGUGAUAGCCGGUGGUUUAUCCGCUAGAUCUGUGCCAAUAACGCAACAGAACGUUAUGGAGCAACUUCAAAAUGAAUGCCAUGUUCUUCGCGAUCGGAUUAAGGAAUUAACUGAUAGAUUAGAGAACGAGGAUAGUGAGAAGUUAUUAUUGAAAAUCGAUGAACAAAAGAGACGUAUCGCUGCUUUAGAAAUUAUCUCUCAGGGCAGUAAUUGCGUCACGGCGCAAUUAGAAAAACUAGAAAUGACCAAGGAGAUUCUUGAGAAAAUGAAUCUGGCUUUAGAGAGUGAGAAUUUCGAGCUUCGACUCGAAGUGGAAAAAAUGAACGCUGAUGCGCCAAAGUUGCGAGAAAAAGUGGAACAUUUGGAGAAAUAUAUAAAGCUUUUGAAAGUAGAAAAAUCGUCGGAUUCGUCGCCUAGAUUAUCAGAUAAAGAGUUACAAGAGUACAGUGCGAAGAAGUCGAAUAUAGAAAUGGAGAAAACAAUUUUUACUUUGAAAAGAAUUAUUGAAAAAUUACAGAUGGAAAAUAAGCGUCUCAGGAUGGGUUCGAAAAAGAAUCACGUCAUACCUCAGGGGAAAUUAUCUGGUAGACAUACCGAUAGUUUAUUACAAGAGCAAUAUGAGGAAGCGCAGAAGCGCGUGGUUGCGCUGGAAACGGAUUUGCAGCUGGCUGAGCAAAGAUUAGUCGCGUUGCAAACCAUACAAAAGGAGGACGAGAAUGGAGAGUUAAAGGUGUUGAAGGAGCAAUUGAGCCACAAGUCGGAGCUUCUAGACAAAGUGAAACAUUUAUUAUCAAGAGCAGCCAUUAACGAAAAAACUCUUCGGCAACGUGUACAACAAUUGGAAUCGAGGCAGACAUUAUCGACAAUACCGGAGUGUUACUUAACGCCUCCUUCUCCUGAAUAAUCCUCUUCCGGUAUAAAGACCUCUGUCAUUUCGAACAUUGGUGAUUAUAUCCCUGGAUUGAUUCUGAUGAUUCGCUAGUGAGCAUAUUCUCUAUGCAUUUAUUCAGUGAUAACAGUAUUUACGAUAUUAUGAUUAUGUAAGCUUUUGGUAUUCAGCCGAAGCGAAUUCAACAAGAUUUUUAUACUAUCCUCUCUGCGUUGCAUUUCUAUCUUCCUGUCCAUUGUAUGAGAAUGUUUUGAAAUUCGUGUAUUGAAUAUGUUUUAUAAAUACGUGAAAAUGAGAUGUGAGAUAAAGACGUUUUAUGAAA